UGGCACAGCGGCCGGGACCAUAUGAUAGACCAAUAGGAGGAAGAGGGGGUUAUUAUGGAGCUGGGCGUGGAAGCUAUGGAGGUUUUGAUGACUAUGGUGGCUAUAAUAAUUACGGCUAUGGAAAUGAUGGCUUUGAUGACAGGAUGAGAGAUGGAAGAGGCAUGGGAGGACAUGGCUACGGUGGAGCUGGUGAUGCCAGUUCAGGUUUCCAUGGUGGUCAUUUUGUGCACAUGAGAGGGCUGCCUUUUCGUGCAACCGAAAAUGAUAUUGCUAAUUUCUUCUCACCACUCAAUCCAAUACGAGUUCAUAUCGACAUUGGAGCUGAUGGCAGAGCAACAGGAGAGGCAGAUGUAGAGUUUGUGACACAUGAAGAUGCCGUGGCUGCCAUGUCUAAAGAUAAAAACAACAUGCAACAUCGAUAUAUUGAACUCUUCUUGAAUUCCACCCCUGGAGGAGGUUCUGGAAUGGGAGGUUCUGGAAUGGGAGGCUAUGGCAGAGAUGGAAUGGAUAAUCAAGGAGGAUACGGAUCUGUUGGGAGAAUGGGAAUGGGAAACAACUACAGUGGAGGAUAUGGCACUCCUGAUGGCUUGGGAGGUUAUGGUCGUGGUGGUGGAGGCAGUGGAGGUUACUAUGGGCAAGGUGGAAUGAGUGGAGGUGGAUGGCGUGGGAUGUACUGAAAACACCACCACCAAUGUGCAAGUCCUAACAUCUGUCUACUAGACUUUCUUACGGAUUUAAUUUCUUUUGUAUUUCAAGAACUUUAUAAUGACUGAAGGAAUGUGUUUUCAAGAUAUUAUUUGGUAAAGCAACAGAUUGUGAUGGGAAAAUCUGUUUUCUGUAGGUUUUAUUUGUUGCAUACUUUGACUUAAUAAAUUUUUAUAUU